AUGCCUAAUGUUGACCUAAUCAAAUUAAUGAGAUCUUUGCGAAAUGGUGUUUCCAUGAGUGAAAUCCCGGAGUUUGGCGAAUUAGCGAAAAGGAUCGCCUUGAGUGAAUCGUCGAUGACACCUCAUGCGACCCAACUUGAUGGUACAAAAACUGCCUAUAAUUCGAGAGAGAUCGAAGAAGGGCCAAAUACGGUGCUCCGCGGAGCUGGAAUGUGUCAUAAUGAAAGCUUUCAGAUACCUCAACUCAUCUCGCCAACUGUCACCCAUACGAAUCAGAUGAACAAUAAUGCUGAACAUUCAGGUGUGGGAAGAAGCAUGGCUGCUCAAGCCAAUUCCAACUAUAAUUGGGAUGAAAGAAGUCGUCUAGAAAACACUCGAAGUCCAACAAUAGUUGAAGGAAUGGCAUUUUCAGAUUCUAGUGGAUAUCUAGGUGCAACCUCGAGUGCUUCGUUUCUCAAUUUAGUAGGAGGAGGGUACUUCAUGUAUUCAAAAUUGAAUAUUGAAACUUCUGUGACUGAUAAUGCGUCCAAUGUUAUUGAAAAUUCUGACAAUAAGCUGACAUUGGAAGUUUAUGUCAACAAAUACUUUGAGACCUACCAUCCGUUUUACCCUCUAAUAUACUGGCCUCAUUUUAUUGCGUGCUUCAAUGGGGUUGUGAUUCCCCCAUCUGGAUGGGAGAGCUUACUCUACAUUGUGGCUGCAAUUGGUUCAUUUCUGGGAGCGACUAACCUGGAGGAUGUAAACGAUCUAGUUUUCUUUGAGAAAGCUAAGUCUUUUCUCACAAUAGAUUCAUUGGAAACCGGAAAUCUCAUCCUAGUUCAAACCUUAACAUUGAUGUCUAAUUACCUACAAAAACGUGACCGUCCCAAUACGGGAUACAAUUACCUGGGAUUGGCAGCUAGAAUGGCCAUGGGACUUGGGAUACACAAAUAUUCCGAAGCUAUAGAUGACCUGCUACUUGAACAAGAAAGUCGGAGAAGGAUUUGGUGGUGUCUCUUUAUAUUUGACUGUGGCCAAACUUGCACAUUUGGAAGGCCACUUGGGAUAGACUGUUCGGGUGUGGACGCAUUACUACCAAGGAAUUUUAAUGAACUAGAACUCAAUGGAUUCAUGAAGUCUAUGCCCGAGGAGGUUAAUAUGAUGACUUCUUACUCAAGUCUCAGACUUCAGUCAUUGUUUCAUUUACUCACCAACAGUAUAUAUGAACGUCUUAUAAGUGCAAUUCCACCCAGUGCAGAGUCAUUAUUGAAAUGGGAUGAGACAUACAUCGAGAGAUGGAAAUCAAUGGUCCCGUCAUACUAUUCUGAGAAUACUGAAGUUCCGGAAAGGUACAAGCUACCACACAAAGUGAUGCAUUGGAGGUGUAAGAACCUACGCAUAUUGAUGUAUCGAACUUUCGUGUUCAAUUUUGGAUCCACCAGCAACACAUAUGAGAAAAAUGCGAAAGAAAUUUGUCUUGAAGAAUGCCAUCAAACAAUUGUUAGCAUGAAUGAGCUAUGGAAGGAUCUAAUUGUUCCUAAACGCAUGUCUGCGUGGUACUCGCUCUUUUUCAUCAUUCCUGCGGUCGUGAUGCCCCUUGUAUGCCUUAGAAAUGACCCAAGUUGUGAAAAUGCCGAUUGCUGGAAGAAGGACAUACAGGUUGCUAUCGGAAUUAUCCAAAAGAUUCAAAUUAUAUGCCCACCUGCUAGCCGAGUCUUAGAUUUAAUCAAUAUUGUGGGUGGUGAGUAUUUACCCACAACCAUCGAUCAGCAAACGAGUAUCGAUGUGUCGGCAUUGACCUCCGAUGUCAGUCCGGCUACUCAAUUGAUGCAAUUGCAUUCUAUGUUAUGGCCAGGUUUUCUUGAAACAGACCAAGAAAAGGAUUAA